AUGGAACCAAGCUUCAUUCAGUCGGCCAUGGCUUUAGGCUUGCCAUCUAAGAAGGCUUCUUCAAGGAACAUUGCUGUAGAGAGGAAAAACCUUCUCACUGUGUGCAGGUUCUCAGUAAAGACCCUACUGGAGAAAUAUACAGCAGAACCUAUUGAUGAUUCCUCAGAAGAGUUUGUGAAUUUUGCUGCAAUUUUGGAACAUAUCCUGAGCCACCGCUUCAAAGGCCAUGUUAGCUGGUUUAGCACAGAUGGACAGAGAGGAUUCUGGGAUUAUAUUCGCAUUGCUUGUAGCAAAGUGCCCAAUAACUGCAUUAGCAGUAUUGAGAAUAUGGAGAACAUUAGCACAUCACGAGCAAAGGGCCGGGCCUGGAUCCGCCUGGCGCUCAUGGAGAAGAGACUCUCAGAGUAUAUAGUGACAGCGCUAAGAGACACCAGGACCACCAGAAGGUUUUAUGAUGAUGGAGCCAUCUUACUGCGAGAAGAGUCGUCCGUACUCACGGGGAUGCUGAUAGGACUGAGCGCCAUUGACUUCAGCUUUUGUUUGAAAGGAGAAGGCAUUGAUGGAAAGACCCCAGCAGUUAUAGAUUACACCCCGUACUUGAAGUUCACACAAAGUUAUGAUUACCUGAGUGAAGAAGAAGAUCGAGAGAGUGUGGGUGGUAGCAGCAGUGAAGACAGCUCCCCAGAACACCCCUAUUUGCCACUUCUCACAGAUGAGGAGAGCUGGUACAGCAAGUGGCGUAAAAUGGAGCAGAAAUUUCGUAUAGUCUAUGCACAAAAGGGUUACCUGGAGGAGCUGGUCCGUUUGCGAGAGUCUCAGCUGAAGAAUCUAGAAGCUGAGAAUAAGCGGUUGACUCAGAGGCUCACCGAGCAGGCAGAACAGAGUCUUCAAGAAAAGCACCAGCUGGAGGGAGUCAUCCUUGAACUGCAGGAACAGCUCACUGGGCUACUCCCUUCUGAAAAUGCCCCCAUCAAACAGUUCAACUCAAGCAUUGGGGCCCCUCUGGUAAACCAGUGGCCGUCCCUGGGCACCCUUAAUGAUAACGAGACAUCUGUUAAGCCCUCGCUGUACAGGAGACACAGCUACCUGAGCACUGAUCAUCUGUCUGCUGAGCUCAGCCUGAGCUCCGAAUCCCAAAGGGGAGAAGCAAAACAGGAUGGGGAGCCAUGGGGUCCUAUUGGUAAGGACCCCACCCCAUCAAUGUUGGGCCUGUGCGGAUCUUUGGCAUCUAUUCCCAGCUGUAAAUCGUUGCCAAGCCUGAAAUCCAAUGAAUGCCUUGUCAGUAAUAGCAGCGAAACAAGUCCUGCUGGGAGCCCCAGCUGAGACUUUUUGCUAGACAUUUCCAGCACAUUACGUCUUGGCCACAAGAUACGAAGCCCAGUCAAAUUCAAUAUACCAUUACAUGUUCCCAUGUAUAUGCACUGGCUCAGUUAG